AAUUGAUCUAAAAGGGGCGGGGCCAAUAACUAUAUACUUCCGUCGCUAUACCCAAACGGAACAAUGGACAGCCGGUCACCCAGGGAAGUUAACGACAAUCCCGGCAUUUCACUGAAUGACAUUUGAUACAACAAGGACCUUUUAUACUUCAGAGCAAAGUUCUGUCGAACGAUGUCGUGUGUAAUUACAUGAGUGAUAUUCAUAGUGUAGAAAACAAAGUUAUGAAUGUUGUCAAGAGGAAACAGUGAUUGACUUUCAAUCACGUCAUAUAUAUGUUACAAGACGGCAGAACUGGGAGCGUAAAUGGUAAUAUUGACAUUACGUGUUAACUUGGGAAAAGGUAUUUGAUCAGCACGGUUGUGAUCCAUCGAGCGAACCGCCUGACUGGAGAUAUUAGAGACAAACAGCUCACGCCCGCUGGUAUCUGUGUGUGAAACUCGAGUUACUUUCGGUUUAUUAUAGGCGGUCGAUCAUUCACUCUCUGUCUGUGUCAAUACACAUCCAUCACCGGGUACUUACAACCCUUUUAUUAUCGUAUUGAUAUUCAUCGCCAGUCACGAUGGAGGGACAACUCAGCGCCGACAAUUUAAAAGCACACGAAGCCCACCUGAAGGAGUCGAGUAUACAACCAGAUAGCACUGUGGUAGAGGGUGCGACCAGCUCUUCCAAGUCAUCGCUAGGAGCCAAAAAAAUGGGGACUCCUUCUAAUAAACUUAGCCUCAAGGACAGACUGACUCUAGGAGGACAUUCUUCGAUGGAUGACAAGAAAAGUGAUGCUGGAAGUGGUUCAAAAUUGUCCAGCAGUAUGAACAGAACAAGGUUCAGUCGGCUUCGGACUAAACUUAAAAUGCAAAGUCUUUUUGGAGCGAGUUUAUCCAAGACAGGAUCUGAGUCUGGCCAUAAACCAAUCAAAUCGUUGGAAAACACCUACAAAGUAGAGCCAGAGGAAGGAACGCAGUUUUCCAUAGCAAACGCCGAGAAGAUUAUGACAAAUGUGUUUGAGGCGUAUCUGAAAGGGCGACAGUACGACGCAAAGAAGUUUCGACUCCUGUCGAAAUCUCUAGCAGACAUGAUAAAAGAGAGAGUGAAGCAGAGUGGAAUUGUCCGUUAUAAGAUCGUAGCUACGGUACUUAUCGUUGAGGACUGUGGUCAGUCUGUCCGACUGGGCAGUCGUUGUCUAUGGGACACGACGUACGACAAUCAAGCGACCGUUGUAUUCAAAGGAGAUGGGUUCGAGGCCGUCGGAUCAGUUUUCGCCACAUUUUUCGCCUAAAUUAUCCGCCAGUGCUGAGAUAUGGUGCUUGCUCUACGCAUAUAUUAUGAUAUUAUAUUGAUUUAUACCCGUCCGGAUAUAUAUAAAUUUUGACUCGUUUAUUAAAUGUUACAUGUGUUUAUAAUUAAAGUAAAAGUGGCUGUUUUAUCACGAUUAGUUUCAUAUUCGUUAAACAAUCUGUGUCUGACAAAUAUCAGUGUUGAUGAAUUUAUUUAAUUUGUUGAUGUUUUAUCCAAAUCGAGGAUUACUGCUUUCUAAGGCAUGUAAAAUGUCACUUGGAUGUGACGUGUGGAUGUUGGAUACAUUUACCUCCCUAUUAUCUGGUUAUUGAUCCACUUGCGGCGACUAUUUUGAAAGAAUUUGGAUGAGUGCGUGCUGUGAUAUAUCAAAAUAUAACGUAAUCCGUUUUUAACAUUUCAUGUAAUUUUAAGGAAGUUUUAAGUCAUGUGUUAUAGUCUGUAUCACAAGUGUUGUGCACAGUGGAACAUUAACUGGCUGAAUGAAUCACGAAAUGUAUUGAGGGAUAUAUUUCAUCGUCACGUAUUUCAUUUAAGAACUGGAUAUAUAUCGGUAAUGUGUAUUCGACUAGUGUUUGUUUAAAUAACAACACUCUUUUGUCCGUAGUUAAAACAUUUCGUGUUGGGAGAGUGGGCUCAUGUUGGGGAUUAUCAAACCGGACAAUCAUGACCGCCACUUCCUCCUGACUAUCACCAGUGUGUGUGUUGACCUCAUACAAAACCUCAUAAUUUAUUUGAACACGGUUGGAAGUUAAUCCCUAAGGUAAACGGUGGUAUAUAUCUAUAAACAUAUAUAUUGUGGGCGUUCGAAUUGUUCAUCAAUCGAAAACUGGUCCACCCAAUACAUGUAUUUGAAAUAUAUUGGAAAUAAAAUUUAGAUUACGUUUGAAAUAUAUGAAAAUGAAUUUUCCGUCCAUGAAUUAUUAAAAUUUUAAUUUU